UUCCCGAGGUGAGCCGUCACGUGACGCAAAUUCGCCCAAUCAGCGUGCGGGCUGCGGGAGUCGCCGCGGUUCCCGCCAAGUACGAGCGCGGCGGUCGCGGCAACCUGGCGCGGGCGGGAGGGCUAGCAGCAGCGGCCGCCGGAGCUGAGCCCUCACCUCCGCCGUCUCAGGGGAGCUCGAGCUGCCUCCCGAGAGAUGCUGGAGGAGCCGGAGUGUGCGGCGCCGGGCGCCAGGGGUUCGGCCCCAGGAAUCUUUGUAGCGUUGUAGCACGCCCCCAGAAACGUGGGGCGGGGAACCGAGGAAACCCUGACCGCCUGGCUGGCCUGUUUGACUCCACGUUGAAACCCCCGCUCCCGGCACAGUGUUUGGCAGCCAUGGAGUGUAAAGACAGACCAAGCUUUCCUGUGAAGAAACUGAUACAAGCCCGUCUGCCCUUCAAGCGUUUGAAUGUUGUCCACAAGGAGAAAGCCACGGAUGAGUCGGACGACAGAAUGGCCCAGGGGACCUCGGUGGCAGAAAACGUCGCCACUCUGAAAGCCUCUUUGGACAUCCUGGAGAAUGACUGUCCCGUGGAUUCUGAGCAGGACUUCACCCCGAAACUCAUCAAUGGGAAGGGUCCCUUAGAUAGCUUCCUCAGCAGUGAGGUCAAAAGUGGCCUCGGCCAGCACAUGGUCACCAUCGAUUUGACGGAGGACUCGAACGAGCAGCCAGAGAGGACUGUGACCCCCGGGCCUCUCAGCACCAGCGCCUCCCUGCCCAGGGAGGCCGUCAAUGGGCUCGGAGAGGAGGCUGCAGAGAAGGGACCCUUGAAGGUCAUUCACAGUGACAAGUUGGGGCUUCCUGAAGAGACCCUUUCAGACAUUCCUUGCCAAACAGAGGAGGAGCUUGGGGGCUCAGGUGGCCCAGACGGGCAGGGCUGCCCCACGCUGCCCAGCUGCGCGAGUGUGUGCCCCCAGGUGGGGCGGGACGCCUGGAGCCACGCCAGCAGCCUCCUGUUUAAAGGCAAGGUGCCUGUGGUGGUCUUGCAGGACAUCCUGGCCGCAAAGCCUCCCUGUGCCGCGUCUCCUCCCGCGACACCUCUGGACAAGAGUGGGACAUCGGAGAGCGAGCUGUUGGAAUCGUGUCCCGAGGAGGACUCUGUCCUUAGCCAUUCGUCAUCCCCGAGCUCGAGCUCUUCUCCUGUCACCUCGCCCGAGGGCCCGAGCACUCCUGAGGAGCCACAGGGGGGCAUCAGGCCCUCCCCUGCCCCCACACCCGUCGGCAGAAUAACCAAGAAGUGUGUCAAAGGUUCUGCCGAGAAGAACAAGCCGAAGCUGCAGAGAGACCGAGAGCAACUGCGGGAAGAGAAGGAGAAGCUGAAGGAGGAGGUGCGGCGCGCCCGCGAGGAGGCGCGGAGGAGGAAGGAGGAGGCGCGCGAGCUGCGGGAGAAGGAGCGGCGGGAGAAGCGGGCCAAGGGCGAGCAGGAGAGGGCCGAGAAGCAGCGGCGCCGGGAGGAGCGGCGCCGGGAGCGGCAGGAGGCCCUGGAGGCUAAGCUGGAGGAGAAGAGGAGGAAGGAGGAGGAGAAGCGGCUGCGCGAGGAGGAGAAGCGCAUUAAGGCGGAGAAGGCCGAGAUCACCCGGUUCUUCCAGAAACCAAAGACCCCGCAGGCCCCCAAGACCCUGGCUGGCUCCUGUGGGAACUUCGCCCCCUUCGAGAUCAAGGAGCACAUGGUGCUGGCGCCCCAGUGCCGGGCCAGCCUGGACCAGGACCUGUGUGCGCGGCUGGACCAGCUCCUGCAGCAGCAGCGCGGCGACUUCUCCUUCCUGGAGGACCUCAGGGGCCGCCGGCCACUCCGGGCCGGGCCCACCGCACUCUGCAGCCGGGCCGCAGUCGCUGGCAACAGGUGGCGGGACCCGUCCAAGCCCCGUGUGGCCCCCAGGAAUGUGGUGAUGAUCGUGGAGAGUGGCAAGGGCGACGUGCCCGACAGGAGCAGGUUCGGCCGCAUGAAGCUGCUGCAGUUCUCCGAGAACCACCGGCCGGCCUACUGGGGGACCUGGAGCAAGAAGACAGCCGUCAUCCGCCCGCGGGACCCCUGGGCCCAGGACAAGCAGCUCCUGGACUAUGAGGUGGACAGCGACGAGGAGUGGGAAGAGGAAGAGCCCGGGGAGUCACUGUCCCACAGCGAAGGGGAUGAUGACGAUGAAGUGGGGGAGGAUGAAGAUGAGGACGAUGGCUUUUUUGUGCCCCAUGGGUACCUGUCCGAUGAUGAAGGUGUGACCGAGGAAUGUGCGGACCCGGAGAAGCACAAGGUGCGCCAGAAGCUCAAGGCCAAGGAGUGGGACGAGUUCCUGGCCAAGGGGAAGCGGGUCCGCAUGCUGCAGCCCCUGUGGAUCGGCUGCGUGUGGGCCGGGGGCGCGCACUGCCCGGCCGCCGACCUCCAGGUGCUGCAGCAGUUCGAGGCCUGCCUGCUGGAGGCGGCCCCCACCGAGGACAAGCCCGCGCCCAAGGCCUCCGGGCGAGAGAAGCGGGACCAGCAGAUCUUGGCCCAGCUGCUGCCCCUGUUGCACGGCAACGUGAACGGGAGCAAGGCGAUCAUCCGCGAGUUCCAGGAGCACUGCCGCCGGGGCCUGCUGAGCAUCGGGGAGGCCGGCAGCCCGCCCAGCCCCAUGGGCCCACACACGCCCCCCGAGGACCCCGCCGCCGUGCCCUCCAAGGCCAGGCUCAAGCGCAUCAUCUCGGAGAACUCGGUGUACGAGAAGCGGCCCGACUUCCGCAUGUGCUGGUACGUCCACCCGCAGGUGCUGCGCUGCUUCAACCAGGAGCACCUGCCCGUGCCCUGCCGCUGGAGCUACAUCACCAAGGUGCCCUCGGCCCCCCGCGAGGACGGCGGGGGCAGCGGUGGCGGCAGUCCUGCCACGCCCCCCGGCCAGGGGCCGCCCGUGUCACUGAAGAGGAAGUCGGCGGGCAGCAUGUGCAUCACACAGUUCAUGAAGAAGCGGAGGCACGAGGGCCAGCUUGGCAUCGGGGACAUGGAUGGCUUCCAGGGGGACACGGAGGAGGAGGAAGAGGAUAGCGACUGCAUAAUUGUGGACAUCCUAGAGGCUCAGGACCCAUGCGGAACCGUGGCUGGAGCCGAAGGUGCCUCGGCCAGCGCGGGGAAGGAGUCAGGCGAGAGGCUGAAGACGCAGGGAGACCAGUUGCUCAGGAGGCAAAAGGCGAUUUAUUAAAGGACUCCAAAGUUUUUAUAGUGUUUCAAAACAAAGAGCAGUACAAGUCACUUCAGGACACUUUCUUGUGCAUGCAGCCAAGGUAAACAUGUUCCUGGGCCCAGGAGAAACUUCUUUAUGUUAUGAAGCUAUUGCCAGGUUCGUAUCAGCGCGAUGCUUUGUCUAGAAGGCUGAGGUCACUGCAGGAUGAGGAACUGGUUGAGGUCCAGCUUCAGUGUGUGGUUUCCCACACCCGUUCGCUGCCAGACCCCUGGUUCCUGCUCCCAACACGAAGGCACCGUGGGGGUGGGCGCCAGCGAGGCACCGCUGCCCGCCGGCCCACUGGGUGCCUGCCUCCUGCACCCCGUGGCCACCUGUAUACAGAGCACUUUGUCUGCUGCAUGGCCUCCCGGGCCCGCAGGAGUUGGUGGAUUUCUGUGGCUGCCUGAUUAGUUCUGGACAUUUGUACAAAUCUCCCUCCCAAAGCUGUGUAUUAACCUGACCUUUAAUAAAGCAUUAUCUCGAGGUGUGACCCGCCUGGGCCCCGGGCACGCAGGCACAGGUCGGACACGUGCAUGUAAAUGAACUGAA